ACAUAUCCAGUCCAGCCAAGAUCCAAGGUUCUCUUUCACUCAAAAUCUCUCUAUUUCUUAACUUAAACACGAUGGUCAGUUCCAAGAAGCUCAUGAAUUUGGCAAAAAGAUGGCAGAAGUUUGCUGUCAUCAGAAGAAAAAGGAUUCCACUUUCAAGGCUAAAUGAGAAUGCAGAUAACUGUAGUAGUUCCUCAGCAGUGGACAAGGGCCACUUUGCCCUCUACACAGCUGAUCACAAGCGCUUUGUUAUCCCUCUAUCUUAUCUUGAGAAUGAGAUUAUUAGGCAACUCCUGAACUUGUCUGAAGAAGAAUUUGGACUUCCAAGGGAUGGGCCUAUUACACUACCAUGUGAUGCAGUUUUCCUGAACUACAUCAUUUCACUUCUUAGCAGAGGUUUAUCCAGAGAACUCCAGGAUGCAUUGCUCUUCUCAAUCACUCCGAAUCAGUGCUCAUCAGCUUCGCAGCAUCAAGAAGAAUGGAAAAAACAGGAAAUGCUAGUUUGCUGAUUGUUUGUAGUUUACUGUCAACAAAUUUUGUAGCCUAUAUUAACUCUACUGAAAUGUAAAGAGAGCCAAUGACUUGAAAUUUUAAUAUACACACAGCAAAAUUUGUGAAAAUUAAGUAUGUUCAUAGCUUUACCCAUUCUUGAUGUUUCUGUUUCUAUUUAUUCGAUAGUGUCAGGAAGCACUCCAUCAUUUAAUUGUCAAUUGAGUUUAUCUGGCAACAAGAUUGUGUGGGCAGUUCUCUGACAAUCCAAGAUUAAUCACUCCUUGAACUUCUUCAGCAUAAAAUCUGAACUUUUUU